AUGACCGGCUGUUGCAGCUGUACAGACAGCGCGUGCAGCAGAGUUCUAUUCCAAGCCUUCCGCUUUCUACCGACGACAAGAGCCAAAAGCGGCAGCAGCAGCAGCAGCAGCAGCAGCAGCAGCAGCAGCAGCAAGAGCAGCAGCAGAAGCAGCGGAGCAGCGAAUCAGCAGAUCAUCAUUUCUCGUGCCUCAGAAGCUGGGGAGGGAGACACUGAAGCAGCAGCUGCAGCAGCAGCAACUGCAGCAGCAGCAGCAACGCGCCUUGCAGCAGCAGAGGAGAUUCUCAGUAUUGCCAUUAGAGAGCAAGAGCUGACUCUUUCGCUUAGCAGCAGCAGCAGCAGCAGUAGCAGCACGAAGCAACCUGUGCUGCACAUGUCUUUGGGAGGUGUCUGUACAGCUGCCUGCCACUCCCCCACAAAUCUGCUGCUGCAGCUGCCGCUGCUGUUGCAGCUGCUGCAGAGCCGGUACCAGGAGCUGCAUGCGUUGCUGCUUCUGCUGCUGCCCCCCAAGUGGGCAGCAACGAAGCCACCAGAGCUGCUGCUGCUGCUGCAGCAGCAGCUGCAGCAAGAAGCACAAGCAGCAGUUAGCAGCUCAAAGGAGAUAGUGCCUUCCUUUAGUUCUUGGGCUGCAGCACUGUACGGGGUAGUAAGGGAGGCCGCUUGGCAGCAGCAGCAGCUGCUGCUGCUGCAGCAGGACGAGGAACAGCAGCGGCAGCAGCAGCAGCAGCAGCAGAAGCAGCAGCAGCAGCAGCGCCGGGACAGCGCCUCACAGGUCAUCCGCCUCAGCGACGAGCUGGUGCUGCCGCUUUUUCCUGUUGCUUCUGAAGAGUGGAGCAGCAAAACUAAUGCUGCUGCUGCUGCUGCUGCUCCCGGUGAUGUCCCUGCUGCUGCUGCGCCAGUCCCUCCUUCCCUUACUGCCCGGCCCGCGCGACGAGAGCCUGCUGCUGCUGCUGCUGCUGCUGCGACACAGCCCCAGGCUGUUGCUGCUGCUCCUCGAGUGCCUGCAGCAAGGGCAGCAGGAGCAGCAGCAGCAGCCAGAGCAGCAACAGCAGCAGCAGCAAAGCCAGGAGCAACUGCAGCAGCACCAAAGCUCCAGCAGCCAGCAGCUACCCCGCUUAACAGCGCGCCUUACCCUGCGGCUCCCGCUGCUGCUGCAGUACCCCCUGGAGCUGCAGCAGCUGCAGCAGCAGCAGCGAGGGCAGCAGCUGGGGCACAGGCAGCAGCGCCAGCCCCAACAGCCCCUAGUGCUGCAGCAGCUCCUGCUGCAGCAGCUCCUGCUGCAGCAGCAACGAAGCCAUCAGCAGCACCUGUAGCAGCUUCUGCUGCACCAGCCAGUCGGGAACAAGCUGCUGCAGCAGCACCUGCAACGGCGGCCUCGCCUAUACCUGCGGCAGCGCCUGCGGGCUUGGGGCCUGCUGCUGCUGCUCCUGCUGCUGCUGCUGCUUCUGCUGCUGCUGAGACUGCUGCAGCACCACCUGCUGCACCACCUGCUGCUAAAUCCUCCCCGGAUUCGGCACGCCCACCUUCCGGCAUCAAGAAGCGUCAAGAUGCGAAUGAAGAGCACACUGCUGCUGCUCCUCCUGCUGCUGCGCCUGCUGCUGCUGCUGCUGCUGUUCCCAGAGCAGCAGCAGCAGCAGCAGCAGAAACCAAGCCAACCUCACCCCGGCUGGCUGCAGACGCAGCGCCAGCGCAGCAGGCAGCUGCCCCGCCAGUCCCCCCGCUGAAACCCUUGAGACCGACUGUUGCAGCAGCAGCACCAGCAGCAGCAGCCCGACCUGCAGCAGCAGAUGCAGCAGCAACAGAUGCAGCAGCAGCGGCAGCACCUCGCGCUGCGGCGUCACCGCUAGCAGAGACUCGAGCUGCGAAGUUUGGAGGGAUAUCUCAGCGGCUAGCUCCUGCUGCAGCGGCUGCUGCUGCAGCGCAGCAGCGGCAGCAGCAGCAGCCGCAACUGCAGCAGCCGCAGCAGCAGCAGCAGCAGCAGCAGCAAAAACCUCAACUACAGGGACAUCAAAUCCCACGUCUGCAAACUCAAGGUCUGCAGAACAGCGAGCGGAACUACGAUCAGCUCCCCUUGUUGCAACAGAGACAGCAAACGCAGCAGCCGCAACAGCAGCAGCAGCAACAGCAACAGCAGCAGCAGCAGCAGCAGCAGCAGCAGCAGCAGCAGCAGGUGCAGCCACCACCGACCCUGUUCCCACGUCGCGUGUCUGGCGUGUCUUCUCGAUCUGCGUUUCAUUUGGGGCCCCAGCCUACUGCGAAGGUAGGUACAAUGCAGCAGCAGCAGCAGCAGCAGCAGCAAGACUGUCAAACCCCAAGAACGCUGGAGAGGCAGCAGCAGCAAGCUGCAGCAGAACUGACUUCCAUGGGGUUAAAAAGGGUGAAAGGGACAGGCGCCUUUUUUCAGUUUUAUUAG